AUGAUCAGAUCCAAAUCGAGAAGUCCACCUUUGCCUUACUUUCCUCCCACGCCUCGGGAGCUGUCGCCCAGGCCUGAAUCGGCCUUCGAGGACUUCAUCCUCUUCGAUGCUCCGGAAACGAGACCGUCAAGCGGUGCCUUUGCUUCAAGUGUUUCUUCGCCACGAUCAGAUAUGGGAGCCCGGCCCCCAACUCUUUCCGAGAUUUUACUCGACCAGGCCCCUCCGCCAUGGUCAUUAGCUGCCUUCACUGCCUAUCUGUCGAACAACCAUUGCAUGGAGACGCUGGAGUUUACCCUUGAUUUACGAAGAUACUCUGAUUCUUUUGCUCUGGUAUAUGGCGGCAACCAACCCGCAGUGCCUAAUGAUGUCGAGUAUCUGUCAAAUUUAUGGGACAGGCUGAUAGCCGUCUACAUUACGCCUUGCUCGGCACGAGAAAUCAACAUACCUUCACGAGUACGAGACCAGCUGCUCAGUCUUUCAUCGCGACCUACGCCUCCUCACCCUUCGGUUCUUGAAGAAGCUGGACGUAUUAUUCAUGAGCUCAUGAACGACUCCGUCCUGGUCCCAUUUCUGGAAUCUGUGAGCCCAAUGCAGCUUGACGAAUCCUCACACCACGACGCACACCACAAGUUACCCCCUUAUUUUAAUAUCGCUAGAGGAAGAACUUCCCCACGUUCAUCAUCACGGACUGGUUCUUCGCACGAGAUGGAAGGUUUGACCGACGACAGCGAGGGUGGCUCACCAGCCGCCAUGGAACCAAUGACACCACCAACAACACCACCUUCGAGCACUGAUUGGGGCUUCAACAAUUCCCCUGGCGGGCUCCAACGAGCCAUGGCUGCCCAAAAGGAAGGGUGGAAGAAGAUGGGCGCAAAGCUCGGCUUCAACCGCAGAAGUUCGUCGAAACGAUCCCCCCCGACGUCGUCAGUCCCUGGGCAUGAAGCGAACCGCCAUGGCAAUAUAAUGUGA